CCAAAGGCAUGUCUUUCUGCUGCUUUAUAAGCUUUCUCAAAUUACAGUCUUGCUACCAAAAUAAGAACCAUACACUGUAUACAACAAGAAGCUCUAGUAAAUGACAGAGUAGUAAUAGUAGUCAAAACUGACCGGUUGCACUGAUUCAAACACUACUCUAGAUACCUGCAGAGUAAAACAUGCACUGCUAGUAUAGUAGUAGAUGUCAUUCUUCCCUAACCUCAUAGUCAAGCCCCUCUCUGUAGAUUAUUCAGAUAACACAAUACUUAUCACUCAAUUGGUAACCAUCGAUGUGUAUAACACAACAUUUACCAAAAUAAGAACCAACGUCGUCGGUAUGGGGCCGAUGAGGCCGGGGUUGGACUUGAACACGAUCUGUUCGAGCGAGGACGACGACGUGAACAGCGCGGGCGGUAGCUCGACGGGGGCCUGGGCGGCUCCAAAGCAACCGAAGAUGGAGAGCGUCCGGAGGUGCAACAAACCGCGCAGCGAGGCGGGGUCGAGCCUGGCCCCGGGCCUGCAAGGCGGGGUGGCGACGUCGGGGCCCAGGUGGAGGCGGGUGGCGCGGAGCACGCGCGUCGUCGGGCGCGAGCUCGCACUGCAGGCCCAGCCAUGGUGUGUCAGUGCAGGGCCGCGGGUGGAGCUGCAACCACACCGGGUCGCCGAGGAGGUCCGCCAUCACCCGGAAGAUGGCCGCCAGCUCCGCCCCCGGCAGCUCCGACGCCGGUGCGUCCCCUCCAGGGAUUGCAGGUGACAGGGAUCGCAGCUGGGAGGGUGAGGAGGGCGCGAUGGGAGUGGAGCAGAGGGGGAGGAUGUCGGGGGUUGGGGGCAGAACCGUGCACCAUGAACGACAAUUAAGGUGCUCAAAGUAUUAGGACAAGUGUCCCUACUCCCUAAGGUGUGGCAAUUAAGGUGCUCAAAGUACCAGAACUGAAGUUCCAGUAUUUUGCACAAAUCUAGGAGUGGUUUCAGCAUAACUUCUUACGACUGGUACAUAGGUAAGUGGAGCACGUUUAUCCCAGACCAAUCAGCUGGCCAGUUGCAAAAGUGGAGCGCUUUAACCUACUACAAUUGAUCAGUUAACCAGGCACGUCAAGGGCUUAGUUAUAUCCCUAUAGCUUAAAUAUCCAUCAUUCAUGCCCAAACAAUCAGCAGAGACCUAAGAUUUUAAAGUCCAGAUGAACAGGUACCCAGUUCAGAGGUGAAACAUAUGAUCGUUGAUCGCUAUAUAGGGAAGGACUGAUAGUAUUUUUCAGGUAUCGUAGUAUGGUUUCUGCUACAGUCUUGCAAGACUCAGCUAAAAACUACAAUAAGAAAACUGUUCCAAAGCUAACACUGAAGCUAAUCAAACUAAAUCCAGCCCCUCAAUGCUAACCACACUGAUGAUUUUAAAAACUACAUUCGACGAAUGCAAUGGCAUUAUAUGCCUAAGAUCCACAAAUCUACUCACCUGGAAACUGAAUCAUAAACCCAAAUAGUCAACUCUAUCUAUUUGAGUUCAAAUCAGCACAUCAAACAAAUAAGAUCUCUCACACCUUCUUGAAUCUGAAACUCAUGGACGAGCAAGCAAAUCACACGUUCUCGGAGAAGCAUCUGUACAUUCCCACCGACACCUCAAAAUCAUGCGCCAAGGGCGCUGAGAUCCAAGGUUUACCUCCCCAAACGCACCAAAUCAACAACUCAACCCGACGCAACCAAACCCAGAAAGGAAGAAAAAAGAAAACACCACGAGAUCGCAGCCGUCGAUCUUACCGACGGAGGAGCACUUGCUUCUGUCUGCCUCGAGCGCGGGGACAGCGGCGAGGAUGAAGGCAAAGGGGCAGGAGGCGAGUGGCGUGGGGGAGUAGGGCGGCGAGCAUUGCAGACGCCGGAUAGGGAGGGGAUAGCGACGACCGUUGAUGGCGGCAACGAAAGCGUGACCACCAUCCGGGAUCAAAGCGGAGCGGAGGAUGUCGGGGGUGGAGGCAGAACCGUGCACCACACCGGUGUGGAUGCCUACGCUCUACUCUUAAGAAGUAGUAGAGAUAAUAGAUAGUGGGCACGUAAGAAUGAGAG